AUGCAGUUCAAGACUCUCUUCACAGCUUCCCUCCUCAGCGGCCUCGCUCUCGCCGCCCCUGCAGAGAAGACAAAAUCUUGCGACGAGAAGGUCUUCGACCUCGUUGCGCUUCGCUCUGGCAGUGACAUCCACUUCUCCAGAUUCAGCGCCUCCUUGGGCGGCUUCCAGCUGGGUCUUCCCGAAGACAAGCAGAAGGCGACCUGCAAGGGCAACGUCCAUGGUAUCGCCAACUUCCGCCUGAAGGAUGGCGAGCUGUACCUCUACAGCACCGACAAGAAGCAGCAGAAGGUCUACACCGACCGUUCCGGCAUGGGCCAGGGCGUUCUCCAAUACAGCAGCGAUGGCAACGUCUCUAAGAACGGCGAGUCUCAGGGCUGGAAGAUCGACAAGUCUGGCAACCUCGUCUUCGGCAAGGACAACGCAAGUUUCAUCGCCUGCCCCAACGGUCCCGACAAGUCUUGGAACGUCUGGAUUUACACUGGCCUCGACCGCCCCGGUUUCAGCGAGAAGGAGUGCCUUGGCUUCUCUGCUCGCACUGAUGUGCUCAAGAAGGGUACCAGCUGUGUCUACACCACUUCUUAG